AACCAUAAGGAGGGUUUUCCACCAAAUGUUGCAUUUUUUAAAAUUACUGUGUACUUAUGCACAACACUUGUAUACUCGUUACACGUAUGCGAGUUAUUUUUGUUAAACAUUUUCCUCCCCCUGUUUUGUUGUUCCCAUUGUGCAUACAUUUGUCCCAUUGUACCAUUUCGCUGUUCCCCCUUUUUCGCGUGAGAAUUCGUUAAACGAGAAGUUUUUUUCCGCGUGACGCCAACUGGGGAACACCGUAACUGUUGUUACAUUGGCCUGCGCGCGGGCACGGCCACUAAAAAGAGUGUACUGAGCGCAUGUUGAGCGAGUGGUGUACGAAUGUUGGCAUACUGCUUGGGUUGUUAACAGGCUUCUAACCCCUACGAACGUAGGCGCACGCGUAACUGGGUGAGUGGCUGUAGCGGGUGGAUACACUACAUAUAACUGGUGACACGUGCGGACCCUUGAAUGAGGAAGCGCCGCCUCCUUUUAACAGCCUCUUUGCUCUUUUUCUACGCAAAAAGGAUUUCCUGCGUACGAAAUAUAGGCGCGCCGAGCGGUAUCCCCCUCCUUUUAUUCGCUCCGAAGAAACGAAAAGGAAGAACAAAAAGGAACCACAAGAUGGAGGACAAUCAGGAGGCAAUCAUUGCGAUGGGGUCCCAGAACCUCAUAAGAAACGGAAACAGCAACAGCAACAGCGGCAACGGCAGCGGCAGCAAUGUGCACCUUUCAUUAAACAACUACGCAAGCGGCUGCCCAAACGGCUACUCGAAUGGCACCACAAAGGAAAACAACGCGAACACCAAAUUGGUUAGAAGCAACGUGUUGAGCAUUUUCAGCUAUACGCUCAAGUACAUGAACAAAAAGAGCCUAAACAAAUGGCUCAGAAAUAAUAUUAAGGCCCCCUUCUAUGACACCUUUGUGCCUCGAAACAAGCCAGUAGCCUACAUCCGCUUCAAAUGCCACGAAGAUUUAAAGGUGUUCGAAAAGAUGGUAGAAAAUAAACGCAUCUACCCAAAUGACAGCUUGUCAGUUAUUAAAAUAAAUAAAUUUUCCAAAUAUGCUCAGAAGAGGAAAUUCUUUCAGGGGGACCAACCCGAUGAAGAAGGUAACGAUGGGCACCAGGUUGGGGAGGACUACAAUGGAGGGGAAGAUCACUUGGGGGAUCACCAUAAUGGUAAAAAAAAGGCGAAGAGACAAAAAAUGGAAAGAUCUGCGGAGGAAAACAUGAAGAGGGAGACAACAUCGGAAGGGGACCAACUGCCAGACCUACAAACAGUUAUCAAAAUGAACAAAACACAAAAGAGCAAAAGCAUAGAAAAUUUUGUAACCCCCUUUUAUAAGUACCCUUAUGAAAAUCAAAUUAAAAUUAAGCACCGAUUUUUACAAAAAUGUAGAGACCAAAUUAUGACCAACUUGAGAAAUAAAUGGGAGAAACAGAGUAUCCUCUUUGGGGAGAUGGAAGCUGCCCCCCCUGAUGAUGAACUUCAUGUGGGUAGUACAGGCGAGGCCAGUACCGGCGGAAGCGCCAGUGCAGGUGCCCCUUCGAACAGUCACGGAGGAAACCUCACCAGUAGUAAUAGCGGGGAAAAAAAGAAUAAGAAAAACGAAACGAGCAAAGACAGCUGUUUUAACAAAACUGUUCUGUGUGAUGUAAAGCCAAGCGGCAACAUCAGCAGGGAAUUUUCUGUGGACAAAAAAAUGAAAAAUUACGAAUUUGAGGUUGACAGCCCCUUAUUCCCAGACGAAAAAGGAAUCAAUGGGUACCGAAACAAAUGCGAGUUUACCAUUUCGUAUGACGAAAAUAAUAAUGUUGAAAUUGGGUUUGUCACUGGGAAGAUGAAAACGGAUGUUAGUGACACGGGGGAGGAUAGAAACGGCACCGAUGAUAACAACUGCAACUUUAGCGAACACAAUAUAAGCAACAGCGCCUCUCCCAUGAACGAGUCCCAGACCACAAAACUGAGGAAUAAGAAGCAGAAGCAGGCGUACUUCCUAAACCCCAUCGUUAAGAGCGUCGAGGACUGCGUGCACAUUCACCCCUGCAUGAAGCAGGUCGUGCAGGAGAUGAAGAGCAUAAUUAAGGACUCCACCUACCCGGUUUUCGACAGGGUGUACAAAACGGGCGUUUGGAGAAUCCUCGUCGUGCGCUUCAACAGCCUGAAGGAGCUGAUGAUCACCGUGCAGACCUACUCACUGGACCAGAAGAAAAAAAAGGAAAUCAAAAAGCUCCUGAUAAACAGACUCACGAAGAAGAAGGACGAAGUCUGUAUGAGCUUCUCCGACUAUAAAGUUGUUUCGCUCUACCUACAGGAGCAUGAAAAUUCAAAUGACUCUACAAACCAGUCCCCCAAUGAGCACCUAUGGGGGGUGGAAUACCUGGAGGAGAUUAUCCUAAACAAUCGUUUCUUACUAACACCGUCUUGUUUUUUUCAAGUGAAUCAUAGCAGUUGCGAAAUUCUAUACAAGAGGGUCAUUGACUACAUCCAGAUAAGUGAAAAGAAGCAAAACUACAUUUUUGACUUGUGCUGUGGUACGGGCACCAUAAGUAUUUGUGCCGCCAACGAGCUGAAGGGGGAAGACGUGCACAUCGUGGGCAUCGACAUUUGUGAGGAUAGCAUUAUGUGUGCAAAUAAAAACGCGGAAAUGAAUAAAAUUAAAAAUUAUAAAUUUCUCCAAGGGAGAGUGGAAGAGUUAUUUUCAAAUGAAAUUAAAAACGUUUCAGAGAAAAAUGCCAACGUGAUAGUUAUUGUAGACCCUCCGAGAUGUGGUCUGGCCAAUAGCGUCCUCAACAUUUUGAGCUCCAACCAGCUGAUUGGGCAGAUCAUUUACGUUUCGUGCAACCCAAUCACGCUCAUCAGCAACGUGACUCAUGUUUUGUUUCAAAACGAAAACCUGAAGAUCAAAAACCUCGUCUUCGUGGACAUGUUCCCCCACACCUUCCACCUCGAGUGCAUCACCAACAUGGUGAAGGGGUAG